GUGACAUUAGCGAGGAGCAAGGAAGAACUUCAUAGAGACGACGGGAAGCCCUCAGUGUCAACCGAGCAACAACUAUUUCAACCCCCACACUCACAAUGGGUGCCGACAAGCGGUCCCGCGGCGCCCCGCGGCACGACCCCCUGCACGUCCAAAUGGCAAAAGACACCUCGCUCGAAGUCACAGCCGGCGCCAAACGGCGACGGAGAGGCAAAGGCGGGUCCGACUCCGACGGCGGCGACGCCAAGAAUGCCGAGUUCCUGGACAGCAAGACCUCGCGCAAAAUCCUCGACAUUGUCCGGCAGCAGCAGGACGAAAUCGAAUUGGAGGAGCAGGAGGCGCGGGGACGUGUGGGCGGCGGGGUAACGGCGACGACGGGGAGUCGGAUGGCGAAGAACUCGUUUGCGGCGCCGCAGCCGUUAUUAGCGGGGCCUGUGGGGGCUAAGAAGGGGGCGAAGUAUGGUGCGGACUCCGACGAGGACGACGAGGCGGUUAUGGAUGGGGACGAGUAUGAGGAGUAUGAUGUGGAUGCUGUGGACGAUAUUGAGAUUGACGAGGCGGACGCGGCGCUGAUUGAGAAGUUUAUGGCGAAAGAGCCUAAGAAGCAGAUGAACCUCUCCGACCUCAUCAUGUCCAAAAUCGCUGCCGCGGAGGCUGCAGGCGAGGGGAUGUCCUCGGGUCCCGACGGUCGGCAGGAGCUUGUCCCACCGGCGAUGAACGAAAAGAUCAUCGAAGUGUACACGAAAGUCGGCCUGCUCCUGUCCCGGUACAAAUCGGGCAAACUGCCCAAAACAUUUAAAAUCAUUCCCUCGCUCGCCGACUGGGAGGACGUGCUGUACCUCACCCACCCGGAGAAAUGGACCCCACAAGCGACGUAUCAGGCCACCCGGAUUUUUGUCUCCAACCUGAAGGCGAAGAUGGCCCAACGCUUCUUUGCCCUGGUGCUUUUGGACCGCGUGAGGGAUGAUAUCGCAGAGACGAAGAAGCUGAACUACCAUCUGUACAUGUCGCUGAAGAAGGCGCUGUAUAAACCGGCGGCGUUCUUCAAGGGCUUGCUGCUCCCCCUGUGCGAGAGUGGGACGUGCACACUGAGGGAGGCGGCUAUUAUUGGAAGUGUGAUUACGAAAGUCAGUAUUCCCGUCCUGCAUUCGGCCGCUGGGCUGUUGAAAUUGGCCGAGAUGGAUUAUUCCGGCGCGAACUCCCACUUCAUCCGCAUCCUCCUCGACAAAAAGUACGCCCUCCCCUUCAAAGUCGUCGACGCCCUCGUCUUCCACUUCAUCCGUUUCAAAACAGACCACCGCGAGAUGCCCGUCCUGUGGCACCAAUCCCUCCUCGUCUUCUCCCAACGGUAUAAAGAAGACAUGACCCCCGAGCAAAAAGACGCCCUCCUCGACCUCGUCCGGCACAAGGUGCAUCCGCAGAUCACGCCCGAGAUCAGGAGGGAGUUGCAGAAUUCGAGUAGCAGGGACGAAUUGAUGGAACCGGAUGCGAUGGAGUUGGAUAUUUAGGGGGCCGGUGUACGGCGGUGUAAUCGUUGAGGGGUUUAGGGCGUAGAGCGUGGUAGGCAUAGCGCCGGGUGGUCAGACUCACAGCUGAAGGUCGUGCAGCGCGCACCUUUAGCUACCGCACGUAUAUAGUUGAUUUUAUUUUUUGUUUUCACUUAUCAUUAUUCAUACCUAUGCAUGACGGAGAACUGGACUGUGAUGCUAGUGUCGGUCUUCCAUAAACUUUUCGGGAAAGCAACACAAAGUCGAC